UUUUUAAAAUACAAAGUGUUAAAUAUUAAGCUUGUUUUAUCGAAAGUUAUCCACUUGAAUUUAAUAUAAAAAAAAUUUUCAGAUUAUAAAUUCCUGUACAUAAAAUGGCGGAGGGUAAUGCUGGAGUUAGUACCGAGGGUGCUGCCGCUUUGGCUGCUGCCCCACAUCCUAAUGCUGAAGUAAUAAGAGGACAGAUAUUCGAAGUCGGUCCAAGAUACAGGAAAUUGGCUUAUAUUGGAGAGGGUGCAUAUGGCAUGGUGGUCUCUGCCGACGACACGUUGACGAACCAAAGAGUUGCUAUCAAAAAAAUUUCUCCGUUUGAGCACCAAACUUAUUGCCAACGAACUCUACGAGAGAUAACCAUUCUCACCAGAUUUAAACAUGAAAACAUUAUUGAUAUACGAGAUAUCUUACGAGUAGAUAGCAUAGAACAAAUGAGGGAUGUAUAUAUUGUACAAUGCCUAAUGGAGACUGAUCUGUAUAAACUUCUUAAAACACAGAGGCUGAGUAAUGAUCAUAUCUGUUACUUCUUGUAUCAGAUUUUACGAGGACUAAAGUAUAUUCAUUCGGCAAACGUUUUACAUCGAGACCUCAAGCCCAGCAACCUUCUGCUUAAUAAAACGUGCGAUUUAAAAAUUUGCGACUUUGGCUUGGCACGCAUUGCUGAUCCUGAGCAUGAUCACACUGGAUUUUUAACGGAAUAUGUGGCCACUCGAUGGUACCGUGCUCCAGAAAUAAUGCUGAAUUCCAAAGGAUAUACUAAAUCAAUUGAUAUCUGGUCUGUUGGUUGCAUUUUGGCUGAAAUGUUAAGCAAUCGACCAAUAUUUCCCGGAAAACAUUACCUGGAUCAACUUAACCACAUUCUCGGUGUUCUAGGAUCACCAUCACAGGAAGAUUUAGAAUGUAUAAUAAAUGAAAAGGCACGAAAUUAUUUAGAGUCUUUGCCUUUUAAACCGAAUGUGCCAUGGUCAAGGCUAUUUCCCAAUGCGGAUCCUCUAGCCUUAGAUUUACUCGGAAAGAUGUUAACAUUUAACCCGCACAAAAGAAUUGCCGUGGAAGACGCCCUCGCACAUCCCUACUUAGAGCAGUAUUACGAUCCCGGUGAUGAGCCCGUUGCAGAGGUACCUUUUCGCAUAAAUAUGGAAAAUGAUGAUAUUUCACGGGAUGCAUUGAAAUCGUUAAUUUUUGAUGAGACCUUAAAGUUUAAAGAACGACAACCAGAACAGGCGCUUUAAGAAUAAUUGUCAACAAAUAAAAAGCUAAAUUUUUAACUUCUCGUUUUCUUUUUGAUUUAUUCAAGUAAACCCUUGGCCAUAUAUUGUGAUUUUUAAGUGAAAUAUAUUCCUUUGCGAAGUUAAUUUUACA